ACUUGGACGACCUCCUUAAUCUUCGCUUCCCUUCCAUUCCCCUCCACAGUCCACUUUCCAGUUCGUACAGUAAAGACAACGCGGACUAAAAAUGGAGCACUCGCCCAUUUCACGGCGAGGACGGAGGGCCGCGCCGAAGAAUUCGGACGCCUACUCCUCCGCAGUGAUUCACAGCCAAGGCAACGCUGCAUCGGUUCAGCCUGAAGUCGACCCGGACAUCUACGCCACGACGGUGUACAAGGACGAUGUCGUUGAAGAGGAGGAGUCUCUUCCUCCUUUACUCAAGCGUCUUCCCAAGGACUUCGGCCUUGGAGGCGAUGAUAUCUCCGGCUCCGGCUCCGACUCCGGCUCCGACGAUGCUGGUGGUGCAUCUAUAUCUAGAACUAUGAUUGUAAAAACCGAUCGGAGGAGAUCGAGUUACUCUCGGAGGAAUCAUAAUGUUUCUCCACGGUAUACGAAGCCGCGGAGCGCGGCUGCAGCUCCGUUUCGGGAGAGGAGAAGCCCUGUAGACAAGAUUGGGAGUGAGGAUGAGGAGGAGGAGGAGGAGGAGAAUACAGGGGGGUUUUCAACAUUUGUAGUGAGGAGAAGAGAUGAUGAAGAAGAAGAGGACGAGGACGAUGAGGACAGGAUGGGAACGAUGGUGAGGAGAGGAGCUGGUGGUGGCGGAGGGGAGACGAUGAAGAUGGCUGUAGAGAGUAUGCAGAGGGUGGGGGAGGUUGGAGCAAUGGGGAAUAGAAGCCGAAGGAAAAGCAGUGGUGGUGGUGAGGGGAGUGGUGCAGGUGGGAUUGCACUGUCGAGGCAUCCGGGGAGUGAAAAGGUGUCAUCAAGCUCGAUACCUGAAUGUGUAACCAUGGAGGAUCCUUCUACCAAGUAUGAGUUGCUCCAUGAACUUGGGAAAGGUUCAUAUGGGGCAGUUUACAAAGCGCGAGAUAGAAGGACCUCAGAAUUAGUUGCUAUCAAAGUGAUCUCCUUAUCUGAAGGGGAAGAGGGAUAUGAAGAAAUUCGUGGUGAAAUUGAGAUGUUGCAGCAAUGUAGUCAUCCUAAUGUUGUUCGCUAUCUUGGGAGCUACCAAGGAGAAGAAUUUCUCUGGAUAGUAAUGGAGUACUGUGGAGGUGGAAGUGUCGCUGACUUGAUUAAUGUCACUGAUGAGCCUCUUGAGGAGUAUCAAAUAGCAUAUAUAUGCAGAGAAGCAUUGAAGGGUCUGUCGUAUCUGCAUUCAAUUUUCAAGGUACAUAGAGAUAUUAAAGGUGGUAAUAUUUUGUUGACUGAGCAAGGAGAAGUUAAAUUGGGUGAUUUUGGAGUUGCUGCACAGUUGACCAGAACUAUGUCUAAGCGUAACACGUUCAUUGGAACUCCACAUUGGAUGGCUCCUGAAGUUAUUCAAGAAAGUCGUUAUGAUGGAAAGGUAGAUGUGUGGGCUCUUGGAGUGUCUGCCAUUGAAAUGGCAGAGGGAGUUCCUCCGAGAGCAACUGUUCAUCCUAUGAGAGUAUUGUUUAUGAUUUCUAUCGAACCUGCUCCAAUGCUCGAGGAUAAAGAGAAAUGGUCACUGGUGUUCCAUGAUUUCAUUGCAAAAUGCCUGACGAAAGACCCAAGACUUCGGCCUACAGCAGCUGAAAUGCUGAAGCACAAAUUCAUUGAAAAAUGUCGUAGUGGCGCAUCAGCAAUGCUGCCGAAGAUUGAGAUGGCGAGGCAUGUCAGGGCCAUGCAGGCUAGGGAUGUUGCAUCAGACACUACCCUUCCAAGAGAAUUGCCUCCAGAAGCUUCGAAAACUACAGAAGCCAUUGUCCGCACUGUUCCAUCUAGACCUCAGGAUGGUAGUACUGCUCGGGCAGUUCGUGUUAGUAUAAAUGAUAAGCAGGCUUCCCCUUCCCCUGAUGGCACACAAGCUGCUACUGAUGGGGAUUUCAGUACAGUUAUAGUUCACGACAGAGUUGAAAUUGUUAAAACAUCUAGUCUGCCAGUAUCAAAAACAGAUGAUUCAUCUUCUGCGCCUGGACCAGUUAGAAGUGCUUCUAUCAGCUUGCCUGGGGAUAUAUCAAUCGACUCAGUUGCCGGCACGCAACCUGCAGGAUUGCAAUUACCUGCAAAAAAUCAAUCCGCAAAAGAUCAAGAGAAUAUGGGCACUGUUCCCAGCUCGACAGAUACUCCAGUAGGUAGCGACACUGUCAGUCGAAAGGCAUUGGACAAGCUUUGGUCCAUAUACACUGCAGGUAACACAGUGCCGAUCCCAUUUCUGAGGGCAACGGACAUAUCCCCAAUAGCCCUUUUGUCCAACAACGUGCUCAGCGGAUGGCACAAAGAUGAUGGCGGAAACAUAGCUGUAGAAGCAAUGCAAGAACUGUUCUCUGGAGAAGCUCAGCCUAAGAAGGGUAGAAGCAGCAGACAAAGCGAGGUGCCCCUUCCACCGAGCGUUUGCCAGAGGCUUAAUUCGAGCCCAACUCUGAUGAAUCUAGCGCAGACAUUAGCGUAUCACAAGAUGUGUUACGAAGAGAUGCCCCUGCAGGAAAUGCAAGCAGUGCAGGAGCAGCAGACCAUCCAAAAUCUCUCGGACACCCUCCGAACCAUUCUUCGAUUGUAGAUUGUAGAUUCAGAUGGAUGGAUCCAAUGUUGUGUCUGAAAUCUUGAUUUCAUUUUGGUCUUCUCCCUCCGGUUGUUUUCUUGUAAACUAGUGUUGUUUGUUUGUGUGUUGUAUGUAUUAUGUCGCUGGCUUGAAUCGAAUGGUUCCUGUGGUUUGAAUAUAGAUUUUAAAUUCACAGCUAAUAUUUGUAGAUUUGAAAUCCGUAAUGCUGCAAAACAAAGUUUAGAUUUAACGGGACAAAUAGAUGUCUUAUAUUGGAGGGGCCAUACUGAUUAAAUCAAAUUACCAUCAUAAUAU